AUGUCUCUCCCCGACGGACCACCCAUGAAGGAACAGAGGCUUCCGACUGAGCCCAAGAAUGGAGUCUAUCUUCCUCGCGAGAAUGGUGGGGAGCCGUCUGGUCGGCGCAACUCGAUUCUCAUGGACGACAAGUCUCCUGGUGUUGCUCGGAUCGAGGCCAUGAACCAGGUUAUCACCCGAACCGACCGAGUCUUUCUCUUCCUCGGUGUGUUCCUCAUUGCGUAUGCCUACGGGCUUGAUGGAACUGUGCGCUACACCUACCAAACCUAUGCGACAGCGUCUUUCAGUUCCCAUUCCCUUCUAGCCACGAUCAACGUCGUGCGUUCGGUGAUUGCGGCUGCAGCACAGCCUACCGCAGCCAAGAUUGCCGACGUGUUUGGUCGUCUAGAACUGGUUUUCGUCAGUGUCGUCUUCUACGUGGUUGGGACCAUCAUUGAAACCUGUGCAACCAAUGUCGACACCUUCGCUGGAGGCUCGGUCCUCUAUCAGAUUGGCUACACCUGUGUCAUCCUUCUUGUGGAGGUCAUCAUUGCCGACAUCACCUCCUUACGAGCCAGGCUCCUCUUCAGCUAUAUACCUGCCUUGCCCUUCAUCAUCAACACGUGGGUCAGUGGCGACAUCACCGAGUCGGUGUUGGCCGCAACGACCUGGAGAUGGGGUAUUGGCAUGUGGUGCAUCAUCUACACAGUGUGCGCCAUGCCGCUGAUGAUCUCGUUGUGGGUAGUGGCUCGUCGUGCACGCAAAACCGGCGUUUUGGACAAAUACAAAUCACCGUAUCAGACGCUGGGUGCGAAGAAGUUGACUGUGGAGCUUUUCUGGACCUUGGACGUGGUCGGUAUCAUCCUGCUUAUUGCCGUUUUUGCUCUGAUACUGGUUCCCCUGACCGUUGCGGGAGGCAUUGCAUCCCAAUGGCGGACCGCGCAUGUCAUUGCACCUCUGGUGGUGGGGAUUCUCUGCAUCCCGGCAUUCCUUUUCUGGGAGCUCCGAGCACCUCGGCCUCUUGUGCCUUUCUAUCUCCUGAAAGACCGUGCUGUGUGGGGCGCAUUGGGGAUUGCCUGCACGCUCAACUUCGCUUGGUACAUGCAGGGCGACUACAUUUUCACGGUGCUGCGGGUGGCCUUCAACUUCAGUGUCAAGGCAGCCACCCGAGUCAGUUCGCUCUACAGCUUCACGUCGGUGAUCACCGGCUUCUUCUUGGGGUUGAUCGUGUACAAGGUCAGGCGGUUGAAAUGGUUCAUUGUGGCCGGCACCUGUCUUUUCAUGGUCGCUUUUGGUCUUCUCAUUCACUACCGUGGGUCACCAACUUCAGCAGGCAAAUCCGGCGUAAUCGGGGCACAGGUAUUGCUCGGUAUCGCAGGAGGUAUGUUCCCGUAUCCGGCGCAGGCAUCCAUUCAAGCUGCUUCCAAGCAUGAGCAUGUCGCCGUGAUCACCGGUCUUUACCUUGCCACAUACAACAUUGGUUCUGCAUUUGGCGGUGCUGUGUCCGGGGCGAUCUGGACUCAAAUCCUGCCAUCAGAGCUCCAAGAGCGUCUUCUUCCCUUUGGCAAUUCAACGCUGGCUGCUGCAACAUAUGCCGAUCCGUUCACGGUGAUCGCAGAAUACCCUGUUGGCACUCCAGUCCGGACAGCGAUAAUUGCGGCUUACCAGCAUGCUCAAAGACUGUUGUGCAUCACGGGUAUCUGUCUCUGCGUGCUGUUGAUUGGGUUUUCCUUUUGUCUCCGGAAUCCAAGGCUGGGCGACGAGCAGAGCUUGCCAGAGGUCGAGGAGAAGGUCGUUCGCUAA